UAUCUAUAUCUACACAUCAAGAGUUGAAUUAAACCCCAGAAUCUAGAGAUAUCAUAAAACUCUAUUCAAUUCAAGAAAUUUAUAUAUACUUACAAAAACUGUAUCUAUCGCCAGCAACAGCAGCUAUGUAUAAUACUAACAGGGAAGAUGAGCAGUGGAUGAUGUCAGCAGGGGGAGUUGAGUGGAGUCGGUUUGAUGACAAGCUUUUCGAGAAGGCGCUGGUGAUGUUCCCGGAGGAUAUGCCUAAUCGGUGGCAGAAGAUAGCGGAGCAAGUGCCGGGGAAGACGGCGGAGGAUGUUAGGGUUCACUAUGAUGCGUUGUUACAUGAUGUGUUGGAGAUUGAUUCGGGCCGGGUGGAGUUGCCUAAGUAUCCGGAUGAUGGGUUCUUAGGGUUUCAGGAGACGGGGGCCAAUCAGAUCUCGUUUGGAGCCAAAGCCAAGCAGGGGGAUGGGGAUAGGAAGAAGGGGACGCCUUGGACCGAGGAAGAGCACAGAUUAUUUCUUAUUGGACUGGACAGGUAUGGUAAGGGUGAUUGGAGGAGUAUCUCAAGAAAUGUAGUUGUGACGAGGACCCCAACUCAAGUUGCGAGUCAUGCACAAAAAUAUUACCUUCGUCAGAACUCGAUGAAGAAAGAGAGAAAGAGAUCAAGCAUACACGACAUCACAACCAAUGUGGAUACCCAGCCGAUCCCUGCACCAAGUAACUUCACUAACCAAGGAGAUACAAUGGGGUAUCAAAAUGUCAGGCUACCCGUCCUAGAAGAUCAAAUUGGUGGCUGAUAGAAGCUUUGUAGAUAGCAAGUUGCCUUUUCUUAGUAGCAAGGAUAUGUAAAAUAUGCAGUUUCGUGGUUUUUCUUUAUGUGAUUAGGAAAUUUAAUUAGAAAAGGUAGUGUUAUGUGUUGUUUCAAUUUUAUGUAAAACGAAAAAUAUAUGCAUGGGUGGAGGUAUACGUAGUUUAAACUCAGAAAUAGAGAUUCUAGGAUAGAUAUAAAGAAGAAAUGAACUUGAUGAAUACCAUAUAGCCCAAAUUUGUAGUGUUUGAAUAUGGUCCUGAAUUCUUAUUGUACUUGAUUGAAGAUAUAUCAUCAUUUAACUCUA